AACAUCGACCCUUGAGAUUUCUCCAAAUUUCAGCGAGAAACAAUGGGGGAUUUAGCGAACCAACUCAAUGAAUUGAAAACCCUUUUGUCAUCUUGUGCUGGUAUCAACUCAAAAUGGGACAAAUCAUCCGCUUACUCCAUGUUAUUGCAACUGGAAGAACACUCGACUACCGAUCCUCCCCUCCUUAAAUCUCUCGCUGAUUCGUCUCAUAUUCUUUUGUCGUCGAUGGCGAACGAUAUUUCAGAUGAUGACGAGGAAAUUGCUGCACAGGCUUUGAAGUGUAUGGGGUUCAUGAUUUACCAUCCAUCCAUUGUUACCGGUAUCUCAGGAGAUGAUGUUGAUAUGGUUCUAAGUUCUCUGCAGAAGGUCAUUUUGGCCACUCGAAUCAAGUCUGUUUGUAAUUUAGGAGUAUGGUGCAUAUCUGUCCAACAAUUCAGUGCAAUGUCCUUAAAUGCUCAUAUUGACUCUUUGGUGAGGGCAAUAAUUCAUGCCCUUGACAAUCCUACUGGAUCUCUAUCAACAACUUUUGAGGCCAUGCAGGCUGUGAUGAAGCUUGUGACCCAGUUGCCUGAAAAAAUGAGAGAGACAUCUAACUUAUGGGCUCCCCCGAUAUACAGAAGACUUGUUAGUGCAGAUAAAAGGGAGAAAUGUAUGUCAGAAAGAUGUUUACUGAAACUUAAAUCUACAAUAUGUCCCCCAUCUAAAGCUCUCUCCAAGGCAGUUAUUCUAGAUGUUAAGAGAAAGCUACUUCCUGCACUGGAGGGGCUGUUAAAUCAAGGCAUGAAGAUUCAAGCAAUGCAAGCAUGGGGAUGGUUUACUCGCCUUAUAGGACCAUAUGCCAUGAAAAAUAGGCACUUAAUUAAUCAGCUACUAAAAAGUCCUGAGCAGACGUUUUCUGACAGUGACCCACAAGUCAAGAUUGCUUCACAGAUUGCCUGGGAAGCUUUAAUUGAUGCUUUGAUCAUUAUGCCCUCACAAGAAUCUUCAACAAAAGCAGUCGCACAUAAUUGCAGUAAGCAAGAGCAAACAUAUGAAGACAAUGGUGUCUUUGAAGCUAAUGGAUUACCCAAGAGCACUAAACUCAUAAUGACACCCCUAAUAGGGAUCAUGUCAAGCAAAUGGCCGAUGCUUGAAGUGGUCUUUCGAGUUGGACCUGAUAGUAGGAACAUCUGGUCUUGGAAUUUCUGCUUGGAUCUGAUUGAGAGCUAUGCAUUAGCAACAAGAAUAGAUGAAAACAGGGGAUCAGACGAUGAACAGUUAGCUAAAAGCCCGACUACUACACAUCCUGAACCUGCAAACCGUUCAUGGAAGCAUUACCCAAUUAAAUGGACGCCUUGGAAUUUAGGUCAGUUAGACUUGUUCGUAAAUGUGGUUCACAUUUUCAUCAGUCAUGGGGAAGUAGCGUAUGAUGCUGCUUUAAAACUUUUUCGUUCUUCAUUGGAAGGAGUCCAAUCUAAUUUAUCAAGUUCAAGUGUUCCUUUUAGUGAGGUUAUGUCAUGCAUCAAUACUAUCAUUAUGUGCCUGGAGAAGAUAUCUGAAAGUGUUAUCAGUCAAAUUUUUCUCCAGUUUAUAGAGAUUGCUACUAGAGAAUUGGAAUCAUCAAUUUUGGGAUCCCGUCUAUACAAAUUGACACUGCACUCCAAGUACACUGAAAACUUGAAUCAAGCAAAUGGGCUUACAAAAAUGAUGGUGGUUUGUUUGGAGGGAGAUGGGAACAUGGUUUCACCAGUUGUGUAUCUUAUUGUACUCUACUUUCAUACCAUUAUUAAUUCAACUUCUGAUGCACCUGGAGAUGGGUCUGUUGCACGGAAACUGUCCGCCUACGUGAGUUUGUUGCUGAUGUCAUAUGAUUCUUAUGAUGUUUUCCACACGUUCACAUGUUCGUUGUACAAAUACUCGACACUGAACUGCUUAGAUUUCUGGAUUGUUAUAGCAAACUGCCUGAAGGAUUAUGUAGAUGGUAACAAGGGUCUAGUGUCAUGCAAAUCAGAGCUUGAUGAUACUUGGUAUCUCCUUAUUUCUCAUUUCUUGGCUUACCCUUUUGUCGUGUUCUACUCAUUAUCACAAAAGAAGCUUGAUGUUGUACAAGUUAUCGAGCCAUGGAAGUCGCUUUAUGUGGCUGUCCAUCAGGGUUAUGGGUGCCUGUCUUCCCAGUGCUGUAAAAAUUUGUUUCCAGUUUUUGAUCAGUUUCUUGAAGAGUAUUCUGAGGUUGAUCCUGCAGAAAAGACUCAGGGUUUUGGUUUUCUUUCCUUGUGUGGAUAUGCCAUAACAUGUGUGCUUGAACAUAUUCUUAAAUCAUCGGAGCCAUGUCGAAGGAAUAACGGUGGUGGUGAUUGUAAGAGAUUCAGUCAUGCCAUAACCAGCCUGCAGUGUCCUGCCAGGUUGGGAUCUAUUGUUGAUGCUAUUGAUUGGUAUAGGUUUUUAAGUGCAUCAUAUGCCGAGGCAAAAGCAAAUCGGCAGAUUCUUGAUGCAACCUCCAGGGUCUUCUCCACGUUGGUAUGCUUCGCAGAAUCUUUUCACUUUGACGAGGAUACCGUUCCCUUUUCUGAGAUUAUGUCAAUUCCAUUGCUUCAGUGGCUAUCGGAUUUGGAACUACAACAAGAGAACACAAUCAAAUUAUGGAUCGCCAUCCUGAAACGCUUGCAGAUCAGUCGGCCACCAAUAAACUUCAACUCGACCUUCCUCAAACUCCAAGCAACCCUACUCGAAUCAACUCUCGAUCACCCAAAUUCUUCAAUCUCUGAUCCAACCAUCGCCUUUUGGAAUUCGACAUAUGGUGAACAAAUGAAGUUAGACUACCCUCAAAACUUACUUCCUGUUUUAGAUAAACUCUUCAGAAACAGCAAAAUAAGCCUCUGCAAAAAAAGUUACUCCAGACCAGAGGCUGCUAAGAUCACCACAACUCUAAACCGGUGUGUGAAACGAGUCGACCUAGUGGAUGAGCAUGUGAAAGGCUCGGGAUCAAAGAGGAAAAAGUUGGAAUUGACCGAGCGUCAAAAGGAAGUGAGACGAGCCCAACAAGGCAGGUCGAAGGAUUGCGAAGGACGUGGGCCCGGGGUUCGAACGUACACGAGUGUUGACUUUUCUCAAGGGAACGAAACCGAGUCACAAGAAGAGAUGUAUGUUGGUGAUGAAUGGUUUUAAGCUCGAUAUCAACGGUUAAGGGGUCGAAAUAUCGUUUUUAACAGGUCAUAUUACCCGUAAACAUUAACUGUAUCGGUUUUUUGAUAACUUAUACUACGAUUACUGUAAAUAUGUAAAUUGUAUGUGGACAUGUUGCAAAUUUGAAUAAAAAAUAUAU